CAGAAAGUGGAUGAAGUCUCCGGGCUUGAAAGUCGGAUCAUUUGGGGGAAGGGUCACUAGGCAGCCCCAGGGGCAUUGGGCUUUGUCGGCUGUACGAGUAUCGGGGUCAUCCCAGCCGGACCCUUCUCCAAACGUUCGGAGCGGUGCUACAUUCUUCCUCACAAGUAUACGCUUUCGGUUUGUCAGCUUAGCUACAAAGUGGAAUGACGUCUCGGCAACUAGCUCUCGUCUCCGUUGUCCCCUACCGUAGCUGUUCGUCCCCAGCUCUCAACGUCCAUGAAAGCACCCACCACGCUGCUUUCCCGUGCUGUCUGUCCAUCGACACGUACCAGUAAGGUCUCUUCUCGCUUGAUGACAACAUCCGGUCUCAACGACAACCACCCACUUUUCCAGGAACAGCUCCAGGCUCUCAAGCGACAGCAAGCCCUCAAAAUGUCUUCGUCCACACGCGGCAGUAAACGUCAAAAACCCAACGACGCCGACAAGACCUUCCAACUCAUCUACUGGCCCUCUAUGCCCGGUCGAGGCGAACAUAUCCGCCUCGCCUUCGAAGCCACCGGCACACCAUACACCGACGUCUCCAACAAAACCGACGCCGGGGUUAACGCUGUCCUGUCUCAAAUCAGCGACAAAAAUUCCGGAGAUGAACAUAAUCCUCCACCGUUGGCCCCUCCGGUUCUCAAACACGGCGACGAUGUGACUAUAAGUCAAACGCCCAAUAUCCUGCUGUACCUGGGACCGAAACUCGGUCUCGUCCCCGAUGUCAAUGAGGACCGGGUAGGACUGUAUCACGUCAAUGCACUUACUUUGACUGCUCUCGACGGUCUGAGCAAUGAGCCUCACGACGUGCACCAUCCGAUCGCCAGCUCAGCGUACUAUGAGGAUCAGAAACCCGAAGCCGCCAAGAAAGCUGAGGAUUAUCGAAAUGUCAGACUGCCCAAGUUCUUGGAGUAUUUUGAGCGUGUGCUCGCAGGACCGGCGAGUCAAGGCGGGGAGUACUUGUAUGGUGGAAAAUUGAGUUAUGCCGAUUUAGUCCUGUUCCAGACGCUGGAUGGGUUGAGCUUCGCGUUUCCGAAGCGUGUUGGCAAAUUGAGGGGCAGUGGGAAAUAUGAGAAGGUGUUUGCCUUGUAUGAGAGGGUGAAGGGACUUGAUAAGGUCAAGGCGUAUCUGGAGAGUGAUAGACGAUUGGAGUAUAGUAUGGGUAUUUAUCGGCAUUAUCCUGAGUUGGAUGAGGAGGGGGAGUAAAGCCUUGGGGCGAAGCACAUCAGAUCUGACGAAAACGUCAGACUAGGCUGCAUCACGGUCUCUACGGCUCUCAUGUCGAAAAGAAUCGUACUUACAGUGUGUAGGCCAGUGGUAGAAAAGUAGAAAGAGAAGAAAAUGAAAAGUGCUUUCUAAGAUUGAA